CACACACUUAAGAACAUCUGUACUGCUGUCCUCAGGAAGUCCUGUCUUUUACUGAAUCUCCCAGAUGUUCACAUAAGAUGUAAGAAGUCAAUAAUUUCCUUAGAAUCCGAGGCUACAAGAAAACGGUCACAGGAGAGUUUCCCCUGGGUAAGAAAUUUUGAAAGCAGCUGGAACACCCUGGAAACCAGUACGCAGACUGCAAUGCCUGGGGAUGCAGAAGAGGCACACUGCUGCCUGUGGAAGCCCAAAGGGAGUAAACACUAGACAUCAUAGAAAAGGAGAGGAGCCCAGCCUGGUCCUCUUUGUGAAAUGCACGAUUAAACACAAGUGCAUACAGGUUGAAUCUGUCUAUUACCCAAUACUAACCUUAACCUAAAUGACUCUGAGGCCACCUAAGCAUGGCCCUUUCUACACUUACAUGCUCCUGGGCAUUUUUUUUAAAUAUUUAUUUAUUAUGUAUACAGUAUUCUAUCUGUGUGUAUGUCUGCAGGCCAGAAGAAGACACCAGACCUCAUUACAGAUGGUUGUGAGCUACCAUGUGGUUGCUGGGAGUUGAACUCAGGACCUUUGGAAGAGCAGGCAAUGCUCUUAACCACUGAGCCAUCUCUCCAGCCCCAGCUCCUGGGCAUUUGUAAGUGGGUCCUCUGUGUGCCCUUGUGAGUGUGAGUGUGAGGACGUGGGUACAUGUCCUAUUUCUGCCUUACCUCUGUUGACACUGGAAUAGGGUUUCCCAGAUUAGGGUAGGGUAUCUGUGAUCACACACACCUAAUGCCAUACUAGGAAAUUGACACUAGACUGACCUUCAGGGAGCAGGACAGGACUAUGACUAUGGGAAGAUGUUAAGAGGAAUUUUUUUUUUUCCUGGGACUCAUGUGGUACAGAUGGAAUGGUUUGGUGAGGGUCUGGCUGAAGCCAGGCUUCUCAGAUUAGUGUGUGGCAGGAGCAUAUGGACACAACUGUGUCCCAUUGUACACAGAGAAAGGCAGAAGGAGAGAAGUUGGCAGCCCCGGUCAGCCCUAGAGAAAGCCUGUGUGGAGGAGGUUCAGACCAGAGGACCCUAGGAAGUGACCUCACUUUCUUAACAAUGGUCCAGAUGGAACUUGGAAACCUGGUUACCAGGUAGCCAGAGGCCAGCAGCAGCCUCAACUAAAGAUGUUCUCCUGUUUCCAGAAAUCUAGCCACUCAGGCCACAGAAAAGGCAAGGGAGGUGUCCUUGGCCACCUUUGGGGACGUUGGGUGUGCCUUCUCACACACCUCUGGCCAUUUUAGAACAGGAAAGACAAGGGUCAAAUGGGCCUGGGCUCCCCACUUAAGCACCUCAGGUUUGGUCACAAACGGUCAGGCCUCCUGGAAAAUGUGAAGUACCUAGCGACUGCUCUGAACACUGGCAACUAUGACUUCGUCAUGACUUUCCUUGAUGUCUACCCAGCUUUUGCCACCACCUGGCAGGUGCUGGAGCUGAUAAUGAAAACGUAUGGAUCUUUGCAGUCUGACAGCAUGGAGGAUCAGAAUACAAAGAUUGCCAUAGAAUUCUUUUUGGGACUGAUGAUGAAAACAGUGCCCCAGGAUUUUAAGAAGAAUCCAGACUGGGUCGUCUUGAACAAGUUUCUGAUCUACCUGCGACUCCACAUGCCCUUUUCCAACCUCCACCUUCACGUCCAAAAGCUGAUAUCACAGCUGGAGGAGCAGGAGUCCCAGGAAAUACAUGAAGAGGAUGAGGAGGCCAGAGAUUGUGAGAUCAUCAGCACAACACUUCCCAAAGCCCCAGAGCAGGAUACCUCAGGGAAGCAAGAGACACUGCAUCUAAGUCCAGCUUCUGGGGCAGAGCCACAGGGAGAUCUGAAAACUCAAGAGGACAUUGAUGUCGUGGACCCAGCGGCUGGGGAACCUACUAAGUCAGAAGCUGAACCAGCGCAGCUUCUGAAUGUUGAUCAGCCUCUGCCCACACCAGCCCAUUCCCUAGAUGCAGCUGCACGUGUCCCUCACGACAAGCUCUUAUUUCCAGUAUCUGUUGUGGGAUUAGGUGACCCAGAGCCUCUUUUCCCGCUGCCUGAUGUUGAUAUCUAGGCUAGGUAGUGGAAUUACCGGCUGAGUUCUACGGAGAAGCAGCUCCACUCCUGUGUGGUACUUUAGAGAAAAUAUCUCUCUUCAUUUUGUUUAAUUCUUUUAUAUUGUUGUUUUCGUGGUUACUAUUUCAUUUUGUUUAUUUUUUUAUUGUUG